AUGAGGCGCUCAAGCACGACGCACACUCGCACCAAGACCACCGCCAAGGCCACCAAAGCCGACGCCCGUCCCGUGGCCGCCGAGCCACCGGCGCCCAUCCCCUGCGGCGCUGAAGGCACGUCAUCCGACGCCGGCAUUCCCGACCCCUCGCAGCCCACCACCGCCACCGCCGCUGACGCACCCAGGGCCUCCAAGGCCGGCUGGUUUGUGCGCGCGGUCUCCGCCGUCAAGGCCAAAUGGCGCGCCCUCGUAGUCGCCGCCGCUGAUAAAGCCACCCCUGCACCCGAGGAGCCCGCAACCGCACCCGCGCCGCGCGCAGCCAGCGCCUCCUCCACGGCCAGCCAGAGCAACGCCACCCAGGCCGCCGCCCCCCUUGGUGACAACGCCUCCGCCCCCAAGGCCCCGAAGAACGCCAACUGGUUUGCGCGCGCCUUUGCCAGCGCCGAGGCCAAGUGCGGCGCCGCAUGCCACUCUGUCGCCGCUUCGUGGCACGCCACCGCCGCCCAGGCGUCGGCCGCCCUCACCCCCAAGCGCAAGGCUGAGAAGACCGCCACUCAGACGAAGGGUCAUCGCAGCAGCAAGGCUCACGCCGCGUUGUCCCCCUCCGCGCCCGCUGGUGCCGCGGUCGCCGCGCCUGCGGCCGGCCCCGGCGACAACGGCAGCCCCGCCUUCCCUGUCGCUGUGGCCGACGCCAACGCUGCCGUGCUGGUGAGCGUCGUCGCCUCCCCCGCCCCCAAGCCUGCGGCAGCGGCCCCCAAGCCCGGUUCUGAGGCCGGCGCUGCUGCAACGCCCAGCAGGUGGAGGGACAACCUCUGCACCAAGUUCAGGUCCGCCCUGCCGCACGCCCGCGCCAGCCGGCGCGCCCCCGCCUCCUGCCGCACGGCCCGCAUCAAGGCGGGCGCCGCCCCCUCCGCCAAGCCCUGCGAUGGCGAGCCCACGCCCGCCCCCGCCGCCCCCAAGGGCCGCAUCGGCCAGAUGCCGGGCGCUGCGUUUGCCGCCAAGCUUGCCCGCCUCUCGGCGCGUCGCAGCCGCCCCGACCGGGAGGCGGCGAAGGUGGUUGUGGGCGUGGUGGGGGGCGAGGCGGCGGUGGCCUGCUAG